AUGCGAGUCUCGGAUCACUAUGCUGUCAUCGUCGUGGAUGGCAAACCUGUCAAGGAAUCCAAUGUGAGGAUCAACUACCAAACCGCCAUCAACACAUUUGUCGCUACUUGCGAAAUACCUUACACGCACGGUGCCAACUUUGCCAUCCACUACUACUACAAGCACACGGAUCGCUGCUAUUCGGCCACUGCAAUGGUCGAUGGUCAAUUUGCCGCGUCGAUGAUUCGCGACCCUGCGCUGAUGCCCAAGGAGCAACCUUUGAAGCACGAGGGCUUCAUCACUACUCGAGGUGUACGCCCCUUUCGCUGGGCUCGCAUGGCCCGCAGAGAGGGUAUGUAGCCCCGCUGAUCCUCCCACCUCCACCCUUUACUGACAUCCCAGCACUACGGCUCGCUUCUCAGACGGCGAGGAAAGCGACCAAGCAAAAGAGCUACCGCCAGAUGCUAGCACCAUUGCUCUCAUCUUGAGCCCGAUCAAAGGCUACACCUCUAGCAAACGCCGCCCUCGCGUCAAUGCAGAGCCCCUCUCUGCCAGCGGCAUGAAACCUGCCGAAAAGUCCAUCAAGCCAGCGCUCGUGUCUGCUGACCAAGUCAUUCCACACAAGGCUCAACAGAAUUUCGUGGACAUCAAGCCCGACUCUUUGCGUCCAAAGGUCAUGAUGAAGUGGCACUACCUGCUCGAAGACCUCAUCAUAGAAAGAAGAGGCCAAGACAGCUUGGCUGAUCAGACCGGUGAUGAGCGUGCUGAUAACGGGAGCGAGACCGAGGACCGUACGCAGGUGAGUGGCACGAUGAGUGCGCAGCGUGAUCUCGGACUGCACCUGAGCGCGCGCGCGCGCGCGCCCAUGUUGGUGUCGCAGCAAAAGUCUCGCCAGGAGCAGAUCGAAGAGGUGAGUGGGUGCAAAACAAUGCGCGCUUUUCGCGACGGGUGCAAAAGUAUGCACGCUUUUCGCGACACUGACUUUUGAUGUCCUGCUCCCACAGGAAAAGCAAAACCUGCAAGCACAGCUUGCCGCUCUCAAACAAGAAAGCCAGGGCUUGGGAGGAUCGCGCAAACAUGUCAAGCGCAAAAGUGCUGCAGCGUCCACCAACGACCUCACCAAGCGUCCUAGAAAGGAGUACGUCGAUCUCACCAAGGACGACGACUAA